AUGAUGAUACACGAUUUUACAAAAUCGCAACAUCAACAUCAACAUCAACAUCAACAUGAGCAUCAAUCACAAUCACAAUCUCAAUCAAAUACUGCAAGCAAUGUAGGUAAUAAUAAUAAUAAUAAUAAUAAUAAUGAUAAUGAUAAUAAUGAUGAUAAUAAUAAUAAUAUUUCAUCAACAAUUAAUACUGCAAGUUAUUUAAUGAAUGAUUAUAAUGCAUCUACUACUACUUCUCCACCUCCUCCAAGUUUUAUUCCAAGUUUUCAACCACAAAACACAAAUUUAAAAAAUCAAACUUCCUCAUCAUCUUCAAUUUGGAAUAUACCAUCGGCUUCUUCAUAUACAAAUACAUCUACAAAUAGCUCAUCACAACGUAGAAAUUCAUUAAUUGAUUCAAGUAAUAUAUGGUCAUGUACAAAUCAAAAUACAAGUGGAAGUGCAAGUGCAAACAAUUCUGCAAAUAUUUGGUCAAAAAAUAGUUCAAAUAAUAUUUCGCCACCAGGAGUUGCAUUUGAAAAUUAUACAUCGGUAAAUAAUCAACAACAACAACAACAACUUAGAUCUUCAUCAAUUACUGAUUCUUUAACAAGUCCAUUACCACCUCAAACUUUUGAAGAAUCUUUACAACAACAAUCUGGAGAUUUAUUAUUAUCAUCACCAAAUCAAUUUAUAGACUCCGCAAGAAGACAUUCAUAUACUGAUGGGUUUUCAACUACAAAUUCAACUUUAACUGCUGGCAGUUUAAGUAAUGGCGGUUCAUUAUUAUUAAGUGAUAAAAAUAUUUUACAAAUGGUUGAUGAUUAUUUUGAAACUGAUCCUCAUGAACGUGUCAAGGUUACUAUGCAAUUAUUAAAUGAUAGAUUUUUUGAUGAAGAAAAGUUUUUAAAUGAUGCUUUUCAGUUACCUAAAUUUCCAAUUGAAUCAUCAUUAAGAAAUUAUCAAUUAAUUUUAGUUGGUUUUAAAGCUGGUAGAAUUGAUGUAUUUUAUUUACCAACAAGUAAUACAACAACAACAACCACCACCACCACGACCACCACUAUUGGUUCAGAUUUAUCAAAAUUAAAAGUUGGAGAUUUAGUCAUUGUUGAAGCUGACCGUGGUAGAGAUUUAGGUAAGGUUUUCAAGAUGAAUGUAUCAAUUGAUGAAGCAAGAUUAUUAAAAUUGUUACAAUUUCAAGAACAACAAGCUGCUUUAAAUGAACAUGUUGAUAAUAAUAUUAUUGAUGAUUUAUCAGUUAAACAAAUAAGUCAAGAUCCAUCAUUAAUUACAAGUCAUGCUGCUGCUGCUGCUGCUGCUGCUGCAUCAUCAUCAGUUUCACCACCAACUUUACACUUCCCCAAAUCUGUUUUAUCAUUGGCUCAACCAAAUGAAAUUUUUCAAAUUUUAAAUAAAAAACAAGAUGAAGAAAAAGCAUGUAGAUUGUGUCUUGCAAAAAUUUCAAAUGCAACAAAUUCAUGUAUUUUAGGAGCUCCAACUUCACCAGCUACACAAGAUUUAUUACAAAUGAAGUUGAUUGAUGCAGAAUAUCAAUUUGAUAGAAAGAAGUUAAUUUUUUAUUAUUCAACAUCAAAAAGGAUAGAUUUUAGAGAUUUAGUACGUGAAUUAUUUAGAAUUUAUAAAACUAGAAUUUGGAUGUGUGCAGUUAUUGGAUUACCUUAUCAAAUUACUAGUAAUUCAAGAAAAAAUUCUAGUCCAAUUAAUAAUACAAAUAUAAAUACAACAAGUGCAAAUACAUCUGCAAAUAUUAAUCCAUUUAUUCCACAACAACAGCAACAACAACAACAACAACAACAAAAUUUAAGAAGAUUUAGAUAUCAACAACCUCCACAAUUACAACCACAAUGGAAUUUUCAAUUUAAUCAACAACAAGAUGUUAUACCAAGGGCAUUACCAAAUUUUCAACCAAGUAUGAAUAUGAAUAUGAAUAGUAAUACAUUUGUUCCAGCUAAACAACAAUUGCAACUUCAUCAACAACAACAAACAUUUUCCAAUUUUAAACAAAUUUCAUCUCCACAAUUAUCACCGCUGGAAAUUCAAUUUAGAAAAGAUUCAAAUUCAAGAUCUAAUUCUCAUUCAAAUUCACCAAAGAAUGUCAAUAAUGAUGAAAAUGUAGAUGAUGGUGAAAAGGAGGAAUCUUCAUUUAUGUUGAAAUCUUUAGUUGAUUCAAUUAAUCAUUAA